GCAGCCAGCAGGCAGCCAUGAUGGAUGGAAGGGAUGUUUAGCUUGUGACAACAUGGCUAUAGUUUUAGGAGUAAGAAAUGCUUUGUCAUCAAAGGUACAGAUACGUCAUUGCGCAAGCAUUACUUUAUUAACUGUAAGACAAAAUUGUACGAUCAAUUUGGCGAGGGGGUCUUGUAUUUUUACGAUGAAAAAUGGGGAGCAUAAAAACGAAUUGAAAGUGAACUGCACUGCAGGGAUUUCGACCACUUCAGUCGCCAAGAUACAUCACGAAAAAUUUAUUGUUACACCAGAAGUACAAGAGGUAGAGAGAAAAUGGAAAAAGCAGUUCUUAAAUACAACGUUAUUCGGUGAAGCAAUCUUUGUUCUGGGUGCUAUGGGAGUUGGAAAGACCACAGUAAUAGAAAACGAGUUUCGUUGUCAUCCUGUUUACUCCAAGUAUGCGUAUGUCGAUACAGAUGAAAUCAUGGGAAUGUUACAAGGAUUUGCUUAUGAUAAAGUUGAAGAAUUUUAUCCCAUAGCCAGAGAAAUUGCUAUUCGGCUAACUGAUUGGAUCUUGGAUCAGAAAAUCAGUUUUAUCGCAGAGGGAACUUGUGUAAUGUACUUAGAACUAAUAGACUAUUUACAGCGGCUAAAAACUGGAGGUUAUGACAUUCGAAUAAAGAGACUACCGUAUGUUCCUUUGGAUAUCGUUCUUGAAAGAGCAAAGCACAGAAAAAAUCGUUUAGUCCCUGAGCAUGUUGUAAAAUCCAUUUAUUAUGGUUCAAAAGAAGGGCUAGAUGGCUUGUACAGUUUCAACAAAGGAAAUAGGCUGUUUGAAGACAUAGAUAUUCCUAAUGAAAAUGGUCAAUUGAAUGUCACUGGAAAUGCAUUCACAACUUAAUGAUGUUACAAGCCGUGCCAUAAAUUACUAACCUACCAAUUGCUUGUCAAUCAUGUAUGGCUGGUCGGUUGACAGCAGUCUAUGGUCGUGUUAUAAAUAUUAACCUUGUGGUAUGACAGAAAGUAAGAUCUGGCACUUAGCCAGAUUCACAUGUUACCACAGACCAGCAAACUAGAUAAAAGAGUAUCCUAGACUUGACCAUAAUAAAAUAAUAACAUUGUAUAAUAUGAAUAACCGCGUGUGAAACUCUAUUCAAAAUAAAGAAUUUCUAGCUGUCAUCCCA